CUCUUUUAAGUUCUUCCACCUAGACACGUAAGCCUGCAUCUCCCUCUUUUUUUUUCUCUCUUCCCUCAACUCAGCAACAUGAAUACGGAUCCAGCUCAGCUCCAAUGCCCGCCUUGCCCCGAAGCGCCCGAUUCUAGGGACUCUUCUCCAGUGCCUGAGAUUGAUGGGCCUGAAGAAAAUUAUGCACCCUUGCAAAUGUCAUCUGCUGAGACCCCCCACACGGAGACCGUCUCUCCUCUUCCUUCCUGCAUGGAUCUACUUGUUCAGGACAGCCCCGAUUCUUCCACCAGCCCCAGAGUAAAAGUGCUGCCCACUUCUGCAGAGGAGAUCACCGCGAAGAAGGACGAUCCAGCUCAGGGCAAGAAACAGAAGAUCAGAACCGUCUUCUCUCAGACCCAGCUAUAUGUACUCAAUGAUAGAUUUCAGAGACAGAAAUACCUCAGUCUCCAGCAGAUGCAAGAACUUUCCAACAUUCUGAACCUUAGCUAUAAGCAGGUUAAGACCUGGUUCCAGAACCAGAGAAUGAAAUGUAAGAGGUGGCAAAAAAACAACUGGCCAAAGAAUAACAACACUGUGACUCAGAACAGCUCUGCAAAUCCAGAAUACCCAGGCUUCUAUUCCUAUCACCAGGGAUACCUGAUGAACACUUCCGGAAACCUUCCAAUAUGGGGCAACCAGACCUGGAACAGCCAGUCGUGGAGCAACCAGACCUGGAACAGUCAGUCGUGGAGCAACCAGACCUGGAACAGUCAGACCUGGUGCCCCCAAGCCUGGAAUGGCCAGGCCUGGAACAGUCAGCUGCACGACUGUGGAGAGGAAUCCCCGCAGCCCCAGAUACAGUUACAGCAAAACUCUGUCAGCGAUUUGCAGUCCCUCUUAGAAACGACUGGGGAAAGCCACAGUGUAAUACAGCAAACGGCUAAGUAUUUUAGUGCCCAGCAAAUAAUGGAUUUAUUCCCAAACUACCCUGAACAUACAGCCUGAAGUCGCGUGAUCAUGAGUGUAUUAAUCCAUCUCCAUUUGGGCAAUGGCUGUAUUACUUCUAGGAUUUGUCUGUAUCUCUGCCUUGAUAUUCUGUUUUUCAUUAUGUUUAUUCUGUCCAUCAAGGGGGAACGGCAGGAGUCUCAUCAAAGAGGAUUCCGUAGCUUUGGCUGCUUUGAACAACAUGCGGAAAUAUGUUUCUGGCUCUAGAUAACUAGAUACAAUACUAAUUUGUAUACCUUUAGGCUCCAGAAUUUAACCACAAGAAUAGGAAGUAAAAAUACAAAGAUGUGAUGAAGGAUUAUUUGUAUUUUCUGAGAUAGUGAGGCUUAACAACCUCAAUUGUUAACGGUGGAGGGUUAAGUUAUAAUGUGCGUCGUUGAUUUCCUCUGCCCCCUGUGCUGGUUUAACUACAACUCCUGACGUGUUCGUUAUUCCAGUAUUUGUAGAAAGCUGUUUUUAUAUUUUAAUGUGUCGUGAUGAUAGGACCAGUUUGGCUAGUGGUUUAUGAUAGAUUUAAGUACAAAUAAAUACCCACUUUAUCUUUUA